CUCCGCCCUGUUCGUCCUUCCUCUGCUCUGGUAAACAACUUGUUGCCGUGCAUAAAGCUGUCAUGGAUUUAACGGCAGACAUGGGUUUUCUGUGGUUUUUUGCACAUUUGCUGCUCUUCCAUCGCGCUUUUGCUUCUGAAGACCAGUACGCAGCGACGAUUGGAGAGGAUGUCACUCUUCAGUGUCGGGCUCCCAGAGAUGCAGUCGUCACCGUGCUGGAGUGGAGCAAACCUGACCUGAGUGUGGACGAUUACGUCUUCUUCUACCGCAACGAACGCUCAUACGAGAAGUACCAGCAUUCGUCUUUUAGGGGUCGAGUCACGCUGCGAGAGGCCUUCAUGAAGGACGGAGACGUUUCCAUCGUGCUGAAGAACGUCACCGUCAGCGAUGCUGGAAGAUACAAGUGCAGAAUUAUAAUGAGCAACGCAGCAAGCAGCGAGAGAGUCUUAAGUGAGGAAAGAUCCCUCAGUGUCACAGAAGCAGAGCACACGGAUGAAGUCAGCGAGCCGGUCGGACGCGUCGGGAAAGCAUUUCAGAGAAACGAGAGUCAUCAAGGUGGACAGAGUGUCGCAGUCGGAGUUGGAGUCGGAGGAUUUUGUGUCCUUGUUCUUGCUGUUGUUGGCUUAUUGGUCUAUAAAAGAAAACGCAAAUCCCUACCGACUUACAAGUGUCCUGAACUAGACAACGAAGCCCAGAAAAAUCAAAAAGGAUGAUUUGCUAAAAAAAAACAACGAAUUAGAAAAUAUGAAUAUGAAACACUGAGAAUCCUGUCUACGUGUAUAUAACAGUGUGAUUCCACUUCCCAGAAAAGGGGACCAUGAAUAUUUCUCUGCUGUGAGAAACUAAAAAAGCAGAUGCAGGUCAUGAGACUGUCCACAAAUAUGUAGCAUUAAGCACUUUAUUCCUGUGAAACUGACCACUAAUCAAUUUAACAAUGACAGAGCAAGUUUUAUUUUUGUGUUGAUUGAGAAUGAAACCUCUUUCUCUUUAAACUGUGGAGACUGGUGUUUGUGGGAAUUUGAUCACAUGUCAAUAACCAUGACUGCGGCACGUGAACAUAGGGAUUUGUGGUUUAGCGUGUCUUGUGUUUAGGUCUAAGCCAGAGAUCUUAUAUAUACAUAUAUAUAUAUA